CUGAAUGGCGUCAAUGGCCAGGCCCGUUUUAAAGGAAUUUUGGAGCCUGUCCAGCCGGGACAGUCAGAUCGGACUAGGAAAAAUGGUGCAGCUAGAGAUUUUUGUCAAUAUUCUUUCUGGAACUAGAGGAGCUACUGUCACCUUACUGGUAGAUGAACUGGACACUGUCAAGGAUAUAAAGUUAAAAAUACAACAGGAGGCAAAUAUACCAGUGGCUAAACAAAAGCUCCUUUUUGAUGGCCGCACUCUUUCAGAGGAACUCAACUGCACUGUCACAGAUUGUGAUAUUUUUGAACAGGCUACGAUAUUCUUGGUUGUUCUCACAAUAAUUUCAAUUCGUUUUGUGACUGGAGAAAUAUUUUCUACUGACGUGAAUCUAGUAGCAGACACCAUUGAAACUAUCAAACAAUCAAUUGAAGAAAGGAAUGGGGUCCCUCUUAACCAGCAGUGUCUUAUUUUUAAAGGCAAAGAAUUAAAUGAUGAUUUGUCUACUUUAUCAGAUUGCAAAAUUGAAGACGGCUCUGUUAUUCUGUUCACAAUAAAAGGGGCGAUUUCAUUUCAAAUUAGCAUUAAAACACUUCCUAUCUACAGUGGAAAAGAUCAUAUUAAAUUGAUAGUAAAGUCUACUGAUACUAUAGCUCAUGUCAAAGCUAUGAUAGUAGCAAAGGAAGGUAUACCAAUCAACAAGCAAUGUCUUAUAUUCAAUGGCAAGCAUAUUUAUGCUGAUGAUGCAACUUUGGCAGACCACAAGAUCUCUAGUGGUGAUAUUCUUCACUUGCUGUAUCCUAUAAACUCUGGUUUGUGUAUCUUUUUAUCUGGGCAAGCUAAAUAUGCCGAUGCCUCAUCUAAGUUCAACAAGGGCGAUCAUAUAGUACUGCAGCCUGUAUCGGGAUUGGUCAUCAUGGGUAAAGUCAAAUGGACUGGCAGUGUCAGUGUCACUGAAUAUUCUGACAAAUUAAUAUCUGCUGUUGGAAUCGAAACAGAUGCCAAGAUUAAGCAUGACCGAGAUUUUCCUGAAUUAUACUUGAAUGUUGCUCGUAGCUAUCGGGAAGAGAUUUUCAGAGUUGGCUUAUUUUCUAGUCGAAUUUUUCUUCCAGAACAGCUUGUCGUUCAUGCUGAUGAGUACAAGCAGCAAACAGAAUUGUUACAGCAGAUGACAGCAGAGGCAAAUGUUUUUGGUUUCAGUAUUGAAGAGUAUUUUACCCAGAAGGCAGCACUAUUACAUGCUCAUUCUCUGAAGAUGUCCAAAGUAAAAGAAGUCACACUGGAUGAAAGUACCCCUCAACCUAAUGAUACUCUUACUCAGCCUAUAGAAUCGUCGUGUGAAGAUUCUAAAGAAUAUUCCCCCAUAUCUGUUGGAGUCUUUGUGACUUUACCAGUUCAUAUAGUUACACAGGCAUGUACUAGUGAAGCGUUAAUGUUACAAGGUAAAGUUAUGUGGAUUGGCAAGUUGCCUGAUACCACUGAAGUAAUGGCCGGAAUUGAAUUAAAUCAAUCCCUUGAAGGAUGCAAUGAUGGGACUUGGAGAGAUCAGAAAUAUUUUAGUAGCCCUCCUGGCAGAGCUUGUUUUGUUCCUACAAGUUGUCUUUUAUUGGUUGAGAGCUUGAAUAAAGAUUUUAUACCUAAUCCGUUGCAUAGCAUUACUCCUUCAGAAGAAGAUACUUAUACAGCAGUUGAUGUUCAAGAUUUGAUGGAUAAAUUCACAGAACAGAGUAAUAGUGGCAUUCAGGGACAUAUUGGUUCAUCAUUGUUGGAUUCAAUGAUUUUUGGUUUAUUUGCUCUUAAUGAUUCAUUUGAUAAGUUUCUGUUUGAAGAAUUAAGUGAUGUCAUGAGCAAAGACACUAUUGAACUGUUGUUGAAAGGAAUAAUUAAUCCACUGAGAAGGCAUGGGGUAACUAGGCUAGAGUCUAUAGUUGAUUUUAAAGAUCAUCUAAAGAAAAUUUGUGCAGAAAAUUACAUAACUAUUUCAUUUGAUGACUCUGUGAAUUUAUUAAGAUUAUUGUUGGAUAAAAUACUUUGUAUUAAACCAUUUCUUAGCAUGAGGAAAGCUUCUGACAAAUUAGAAGAGGUAUAUUUUAUUGAAUUUGAUAUCAAAGGUCCUGAAAUCGCUGAUCCAUGUAGCACUGAAAGCCUUGUAAAGAAAUAUUUUACUGAUCAGAAGCUAAUGCUUAUAAAUAUGCCAUCAACACUAAUUUUAGUGAUACCUCAAAGCAUAGAAAAUUCUAAAAAAAGAAUGAUUAUUCCUUCAUUAAGCAUUGAUAUUAGAGGUCUUGUUGAGCAUGGCUGCUCUAGUUCAAUAUCCAACACUCAUUUGGAACUUGUCUCUGUGGUGUGCUGGGAAAAAGUCAAUGGACAAUAUGUCUGUUAUUCUAGAUCAGAGAGAGUCUGGCUCUAUCAUAACAGUAUGAGUACUACAACUAAUGAUCACUUGUUCUACCUUCCUGAAGUUACUGAUGUUUCUCAAGACCUUGAUGACUGGAUUUAUAAUACUGAAACGUUUUCAACUAAUAGUAUGCCACCUCAUGCCCAAUGCUUUUUGAAAGAUUCUCAUGUUUUGGUGUAUUCGGCAUCAAACAAUAGCUGCUAUAGCCAUACCAAUACUAUGCUCAAUAAGGAAAGUAUACAAAAACUGUUGGAAGAAAAAGGUAAAGAGAGACAUUAUUCACUGUCUGAGACAAUAGCUACACUUCAGAGAAUACAAAAUGAUAAUGAUUGGCUUAAUUCAAGCUUCAGUGAUCUCUCUCAAAGUCAUUUACAACUAUUAGAUAAACUUGAAGUUCAACAAAAUGAGGCCAGCCGACUGGCAAAUGCUCUUACAUCUGCUGAAGAUGAAUUUGCCAAAUUGUCACAAGAAAAAGAUGAAGCAUUUCUUUUAUUAAAAGCCACAUAUGACCAGAAAAUUAAUGAGAUGAAUUUAGUGCAGCAAUGUUAUGAUAGUCUUUUACGUGAGUUUGAAGAGUUAAAGGCUGACCAUGAUCGAAUUUUAUUGACUAAUGAUGCUCUAAAUUCUGAUCUUUGUGAUAAAAAAGAUGAAAUCCUUCUAUUAGAGCAGCAAUACAAGGAUCUUGAAUGUGAGAAAGACGAUGUACAAUCUGCUUGUUUGCAAUUAAAAGAAACUUUAAUAGAGAAGGAAAAUGCAUUGUCAAUGAAGCAAGAUGAAGUUAAAGUGCUUAGGGAAAAUAUAGCAGCAGUCAAUGAAAGUUGGAAAUUUAGUCACAAAGAUGUUGCAAUAACAGAUGAAUUAUUGGGGAAAGGAGGCUGGGGUGAAGUUGUAAUAGGAAUAUUUUGUGAGCAAAGGGUUGCCGUUAAAAAAUUACAUGAUGUUAUUGUGAGUGACAUUAACUUAGAGCUCAUUCAUCGUGAAAUCAAUACCAUGGCACAAUUACGUCAUCCUAACCUGCUUCAGUUUAUAGGAGCCAUAUUUGAUCACCCUUCAGGCAAUCCUAUGAUAAUCACCGAGAUUAUGGAUGUCUCAUUACGUAAAGCUUAUGAGACUAAGGAAUUGACUCCUGACCCACAAUGCAGGCAAAUAAUUUUCUCCAUAAUGCGUGACGUAGCUGUAGGCUUGAACUACUUACACUGUCUACCUGAUCCUAUUAUUCAUCGUGAUGUCAGCAGUGCUAAUGUACUCCUCGAAUCUAAAGGACCUGGGAAAUGGAAGACAAAAAUAUCUGAUUUUGGGUCUGCAAAAAUAGCACGGUCAGCAUUUACAAAAGCUGCUGGAGCAUAUGUGUACAGUGCACCAGAAUCAUUGCAGAGUAUCAUUAACAUUCAAAAGAAACUGUUGACUUCAAAAAUGGAUGUCUUCAGUUAUGGUGUCCUGCUUUGUGAAGUAAUUAAUUGCCAAUUUCCGUGCUCUGAGAGUUUCAAUGACUUAGUCGAGCAAGUGAAAAGUUCUGUAUCAACAUUAAUGUAUGAUCUCAUAAUUAAGUGCAUAGAGGAAGAACCAACUAAGAGGCCAACAAUGAAAAUUGUCAUACAAAAUAUUGACAAAAAUUUUAACUAAUUUUUUGUAUCAGCAGCAAUAAUAACAAUAAUAGUUUCUAUA